AUGGGAUCCUGUUUAUUCCAUCACAUCAGCCACACUGCAGCCACUGAUGUCUAUAGACAGGGCAGUGACUUUGGAGUGCUCAUGCUGGUGGUACUCACGGGACAGGCGCCACUCUUGGAGACUCAUGGAAAGAGUCAGCAGAUCACUCCUUGGGCAUCUGAGUGCCUGCCCUCGGGAAACCUGGGAAGCCUCAAGGACCCCACCAUGGACGCCCCUGCAGAUGCUAUGCUGCGUGUGGCUCAGCUCGCCCUCUCCUGCACCGCAGAGCGCACUGCAGCCCGCCCAAGCAUGGCACACAUCGCCAACGAGCUGCAGGCCAUCCGUGAGGAGUGGGUGGGGAAAGAGGAGCUGAGCGCGGCUGUGAAGGUGGAUGCGGAGGUUCAGGAGAUGAGGGAUGUUGUCGGUGUGAACAGCCUCGACACCGAACUUCAGAUGAUUGAAGACAACUUGGGCGGUUACGAUAAGUUAUAG